GGCCGUGCUGGGAGUUAGACAGCCGGAGGCUGCUCUCACGCACUGGUGAAAGGAGAGGCCGCGCUCCCGGCUCAGCACGGUGUCCCGGGUGCUGCAGCCCACUGCCGAGCAACUUCGGGUCAUCUUGCUACGUGGGGCUCCACUUUGGGUGUUCCCGUGACAGCAUUAAUCGCGACAGAUUUAGCUCCGCCCGUGGGCUCGGCGGCUACGACCUUUAUUUGUCGGAAAAGGCGGGCUCUUAAGGCGCAAGACUCCUACCCUUCCUCUUCGUGGGCGCUGCGCUUGACGUCGUGACCAAUCACAGGCCACGUCGCGCCGCCGCAGCCAAUCGGAAAAACCGGGGCAUUAAGACGAGCACUUGACGGCUCCUCCCUCUCUGUUCGAGGGUGGUUAGUGGCUUUAGUUGUUGAUGGCCUCGUUUUCCUCCUGUUUCAACCCCAUCUGGUUACAUCCGAUGCCAUCGGAGUUCUUGUGAGACAGAGCUUGAGAAUGCGAAGCGAAGAGGCAAGGGCAAAAUUGAGGCGAAUCCAGGAGCAUGCGGAUAGGUCUCCGGUGCGAGCUCAGAAAGUGAUUGGAGGAUAUGGCUGGGGGAAGAGAUGGGAGAGGAAUAAACGCGGUGCCCUAGAAAUAUUGAAGACAAAAUUGGGACCAAAAUAAAUUAUUUACUGAGAGGCAUAUCAUUUCCUUGCGUUUUAUUUGGUAGUUCCUUGAUGUGCAGAUAAUAAUAUAGGAGCUGUUGGUAUGGUUGGCCUGAGAUAAGUGACCCCGGAGGAGCUUGAAUGAGAGUGAAUAUGAGGAUACGUCGGCUUUUAAUUCAACGAACCCUUUUCUACAAGACCCUUUGUCACUAUGGGGGAAUUAAAAAGGAAAUAAGCAGGCAAGAGUGAUUCCAACAUUUCCAAGCCAGAUUGCUUUUUUCCCCUUUUUGUUUACUUAGUCCAGAUUCCUGCCAAAAAGGAAUUAAUAUUCUUGGAGAUGUUGGAAAAAGAUUCCUGGGCCUUGGAAGAUAAUUUCUCCAAAUAUACAGGGGAGUGGGAGGAGGGUGAAGCGGAGAGACAUCAGUUUUCCAGAGUCUGACUUGGCAAGCCUCAGUUCCUUGAUGGCUGUUGGCUAAAGACCAGUUCUUCACCAUGUGAACAUAGGCUGCCUGAGUAUCCGCACAACAUGACAACUGGCUUCCACCAGAGGGAAUGAUCCAAGAGAGAAAUGCCAAGACAACAUGGAGGUGGAGGUGGCUAGAGAAGACUAUAGAUAUAAGUACUCCUGGUAUUUGCUUGGGAUGCAGACUGACUUAGGUUGAAAUUUCUGUUUCCAGUUUUUGAAGGAACAUAAUCCAAUUAUUUAAAGGCACUUAUGCAAAUAUUUGACAUGGGAUGGAAUAAAGGUAUAAAUAUGCAGCAGCAGCUUUAGGCACUUUGUGUCCUUUUCCUCAAAAGCUUGAUAUUUAUCCAAUAUGGAAUGAAAUUGAGGGUUUUUCAUAAAGAACAUUUUGUCAGAUUGAUAAAAAAUGUGAACGUUUAUAUAGUAAGCAGGAUGAAGUUAAAGGAAGUAGACCGUACGGCCAUGCAGGCCUGGAGCCCUGCCCAGAAUCAUCCCAUUUACCUAGCUACAGGAACAUCUGCUCAACAAUUGGAUGCAACAUUUAGUACCAGUGCUUCCCUUGAGAUAUUUGAAUUAGAUCUUUCUGAUCCAUCCUUGGAUAUGAAAUCUUGUGCCACCUUCUCUUCUUCUCAUAGGUACCACAAGUUGAUUUGGGGGCCUCAUAAGAUGGAUUCCAAAGGGAAUGUCUCUGGAGUUCUGAUUGCAGGUGGUGAAAAUGGAAAUAUUAUUCUUUAUGAUCCUUCUAAAAUUAUAGCUGGAGACAAGGAAGUUGUGAUUGCCCAAAAUGACAAGCAUACCGGCCCAGUAAGAGCCUUGGAUGUGAAUAUUUUCCAGACUAAUCUGGUAGCCUCUGGUGCUAAUGAAUCUGAAAUCUACAUUUGGGAUCUCAACAAUUUUGCAACUCCAAUGACACCAGGAGCCAAAACACAGCCCCCAGAAGAUAUCAGCUGCAUUGCAUGGAACAGACAAGUUCAGCAUAUUUUGGCAUCAGCCAGUCCCAGUGGCCGGGCCACUGUAUGGGAUCUUAGGAAAAAUGAACCUAUCAUCAAAGUUAGUGACCAUAGUAACAGGAUGCAUUGCUCUGGGUUGGCGUGGCAUCCUGAUGUUGCGACUCAGAUGGUCCUUGCCUCUGAGGAUGAUAGAUUACCAGUGGUCCAGAUGUGGGAUCUUCGCUUUGCUUCCUCUCCACUCCGUGUCUUGGAAAACCAUGCCAGGGGGAUUUUGGCAAUUGCUUGGAGCAUGGCAGAUCCUGAAUUGUUGCUGAGCUGCGGAAAAGAUGCUAAGAUUCUCUGCUCCAACCCAAACACAGGAGAGGUGUUAUAUGAACUUCCCACCAACACGCAGUGGUGCUUUGAUAUUCAGUGGUGUCCCAGAAAUCCUGCUGUCUUAUCAGCUGCUUCCUUUGAUGGGCGUAUCAGUGUUUAUUCUAUCAUGGGUGGGAGCGCAGAUGGCUUAAGGCAGAAACAAGUUGACAAGCUUUCAUCAUCUUUUGGAAAUCUUGAUCCCUUUGGCACAGGACAGCCCCUUCCUCCAUUACAAAUUCCUCAGCAGACUGCUCAGCAUAAUAUAGUGUUGCCUCUGAAGAAGCCACCCAAGUGGAUCCGAAGACCUGUUGGUGCUUCCUUUUCAUUUGGAGGCAAACUGGUUACCUUUGAGAAUGUCAGAAUACAGGCCCAGCAGGGAGCUGAGCAGCAGCAACAGCAACACCAUGUGUUCAUCAGUCAGGUGGUGACAGAAAAGGAAUUCCUCAGCCGAUCGGACCAACUUCAGCAAGUCGUGCAGUCGCAAGGAUUUGUCACUUACUGUCAGAAAAAGAUUGAUGCUUCUCAGACUGAGUUUGAGAAAAAUGUAUGGUCCUUUUUGAAGGUGAACUUUGAGGAUGAUUCUCGGGGAAAAUACCUUGAACUUCUAGGAUACAGAAAAGAAGACCUAGGAAAGAAGAUUGCUUUGGCCUUGAACAAGGUGGAUGGACCCGAUGUGGCUCUUAAAGAUUCUGACCAAGUAGCACAGAGUGAUGGGGAGGAGAGCCCUGCUGCUGAAGAGCAGCUCUUGGGAGAGUGCAUUAAAGAGGGAAAACAAGAAUCUGAAUUUCUACCAUCAGCAGGAGGAACAUUUAACAUCUCCAUCAGUGGCGAUAUUGAUGGUUUAAUUACUCAGGCUUUGCUGACGGGUAACUUUGAGAGUGCUGUUGACCUUUGUUUACAUGAUAACCGCAUGGCUGAUGCCAUUAUAUUGGCCAUAGCAGGUGGACAAGAACUCUUGGCUCAAACACAGAAAAAAUAUUUUGCAAAAUCCCAAAGCAAAAUUACCAGGCUAAUUACUGCAGUGGUGAUGAAGAACUGGAAAGAAAUUGUUGAGUCUUGUGACCUUAAAAAUUGGAGAGAGGCUUUAGCUGCAGUAUUGACUUAUGCUAAACCAGAUGAAUUUUCAGCCCUUUGUGAUCUUUUGGGAACCAGGCUUGAAAGUGAAGGUGAUAGCCUCCUGCAGACUCAAGCAUGUCUCUGCUAUAUUUGUGCAGGGAAUGUAGAGAAACUAGUUGCAUGUUGGACUAAAGCUCAAGAUGGAAGCAGUCCUUUGUCCCUUCAGGAUCUUAUUGAGAAAGUUGUCAUCCUGCGAAAAGCUGUACAACUCACCCAAGCCAUGGACACCAAUACUGUAGGAGUUCUUUUGGCUGAGAAGAUGAGUCAGUAUGCCAAUUUGUUGGCAGCCCAAGGCAGUAUUGCUGCAGCCUUGGCUUUUCUUCCUGAAAACACCAACCAGCCAAAUAUUGUGCAGCUUCGUGACAGACUUUGUAGAGCACAAGGACAGCCUGUACCAGGACAGGAAUCACCUAAAAUUCCUUAUGAGAGGCAGCAGCUGCCCAAGGGCAGGCCUGGACCAAUGGCUGGCCACUCACAGAUGCCAAGAGUUCCAGCUCAACAAUAUUAUCCGCAUGGAGAAAAUCCUCCACCUCCAGGUUUCAUAAUGCAUGGAAAUGUUAACCCAAAUGCUGCCACAGCUCAGCUUCCCACCUCUCCGGGUCAUAUGCACACCCAGGUACCACCUUAUCCACAGCCACAGCCUUAUCAACCAGCCCAGCAGUAUUCCUUCGGAACAGGGGGGUCAACAAUGUAUCGACCUCAGCAGCCUGUUGCUCCUUCUGCUUCAAACGCUUACCCUAACACCCCUUACAUAUCUCCUGCUUCUUCCUAUUCUGGGCAGUCUCAGCUGUAUGCAACACAGCACCAGGCCUCUCCACCUACCUCCAGCUCUGCUGCUUCUUUCCCUCCUCCCCCUUCCUCCGGAGCAUCCUUCCAGCACGGCGGACCAGGAGCUCCACCAUCGUCUUUAGCUUACGCGCUGCCUCCUGGAACAACAGGUACACUGCCUGCUGCCAGUGAGCUGCCUGCGUCGCAAAGAACAGAAAAUCAAUCUAUGCAAGACCAGGCACCUAUGUUGGAAGGUCCUCAGAAUGGAUGGAAUGAUCCUCCAGCUUUGAACAGAGUACCUAAGAAGAAGAUGCCUGAAAACUUUAUGCCUCCUGUUCCCAUCACAUCACCAAUCAUGAACCCUUUGGGUGACCCCCAGUCACAGAUGCUGCUGCAACAGCCUUCAGCUCCCGUACCUCUGUCAAGCCAAGCUUCAUUUCCACAGCCACAUCUUGCAGGUGGCCAGACCUUCCAUGGCAUACAACAACCCCUCGGUCAACCAGGCAUGCCACCAUCUUUCUCCAAGCCCAAUAUUGAAGGCGCCCCAGGGGCUCCUAUUGGAAAUACCAUCCAGCAUGUGCAGUCUUUGCCAACAGAAAAAAUUACCAAGAAACCUAUUCCAGAUGAGCACCUCAUUCUAAAGACCACAUUUGAGGAUCUUAUUCAGCGCUGCCUCUCUUCAGCCACAGAUCCUCAAACCAAGAGGAAGCUAGAUGACGCCAGCAAACGCUUGGAGUUUCUGUAUGAUAAACUUAGGGAACAGACACUUUCACCCACAAUCAUCAGUGGUUUACACAACAUUGCAAGGAGCAUUGAAUCGCGAAACUACUCAGAAGGAUUGACCAUCCACACCCACAUAGUUAGCACCAGCAACUUCAGUGAGACCUCAGCUUUCAUGCCAGUUCUCAAAGUCGUUCUCACCCAGGCCAAUAAGCUGGGUGUCUAAAAGGACAUCUUUACUCCCAGCCCAUAUUGCCAUUUUUCCAAAGAAACAUAUUUUUAAAAAUGUUAAGAUAUGGACCAAUCCUCAUUAGCAUGUUUCCAUUAAUAGCCAGUCAAGAGCAUUUACACUAUUUCUGCAGAUAUACUCACCUUAGAACUGCUCAAAACCCAGGUGCUUUCUUUUGUUUUAAUCUUUUAUUGCCCAUGAUGAUUUUCCUAUUCUGCAAAUAGUGUAUUUCCUGGAUUACACAUAGUGUGUUUUCCUGAAGUAUUCUGAUAAAAUGUGGUUUUUAAAACCUCAGUAUACUUUUUGGAAAAAGAGCAUCUGGUUAUGCAUAAAGCGGAGCUAAAACUAAGUUUCUUUCGUGUCCUCCCUACUUCCUCUGUGUCAAUCACAUUAAAGUGUGUAAUCCUA